GUGCGCGCGGCCUGCCUCCCGUUUCAAGCUUCUUUGCUUGGACACGGCGAUGGAACCUGAAUCUGGACUGAGGAGCACCCCUGCGUGCGCCAGCUUCUGCAUCAACCCCGCCGUCGUCUGAUCUCGAGCCGUGGCCAACCAGCAAAGACAGCGGCCAUCUCGAAGCUUUGACCACCCAGCCGUCACCGCCCAGUCCAUCCAUCUCGUUUCAUCGCUGACCACUUGCCGUCUCGGAACGAAUAUAUGUUUGCAUCCCGAGGAACAAACUUUUGUCUAAACCGCCAUGGCUCAGUCAUUCUCGUCUUUAUGGUGGCCAGCCCCAUCCUGUUCGAGGGCUGAGGGGGGUGGGGAUUUUUAUCUAUUUACCUUGGCUCCCGCUUCCGCCCCCCUCGUUGCGUUUUCUCCUCCCGCGGCACGUUCACCAGUUCACUGCCUACAGCCACCACCUUGGUUUAGUUCAUCCGUACACCACGAUAAGCAACCAUGCGACCAUCGUCAUAUCUCGGUCUCCUGGUCGUCACCGCCGGCUGCGCGCUGGCCCUUACGCCACAGGGCUUCUCGCCCGAGGCGGCGGCGCCCCUGACCGUUAUUUACUCGCUCAGCAUCUCGGCCGUCAGCGACGGCGCCCUGUCCCAGGCCGCAACGGCGAAGCAGCCCAGGCUGGCCACCGACAAGGCCCUGCCAGGCAGGUCGUAUGCCGUCAUAAUGGUGGACAUGGACGUCCCAACGGAGAACCCGCCCCAGACGACGACGCUUCUCCACUGGAUGCAGACGGACCUGACGCCCAGCCCUAGCGAGACCAUCCUCAACACGGCUCUUGGCCGCACCCCUGUCUUCCUGCUCGAGAACCGCCGCAACGUGAUCGCGGCCGCGCCAUACAUCGGGCCGUCCCCGCCUGCCCGGGUGCCGCUCAGCCACCGGUACACCGAGAUCCUGGUCGACAUGAGCAACGCCAGCAUGGCUCAGAUCACAAAGCUAUCUCAGGCGGCGCUCAAGCGUGAAAAUUUUGACACAAAAGCAGUGCUCGAGUCGGUAGGCAUCACCAAGAGCCAGAUUAUUGCUGGCAACUUUUUCAACGUCACAAAUCCCGGGCCAGCGCAAUCCGGCCCGCUGCCUCCCACUCCAGGGGCGCCGGCUCCUGGAGAGCCUGCCGCACCUCCGGCGCCCGGGGCACCCGCGAACAACCCGCCUGGCACCGCAGCGCCCUCUGGGAUGCCCGCUCCCGCACCUGUGCCAGGCACCCCUGGAUCCCCUGUGGGGGCUCCAAAUCCAGUUGCGACAGUGCUCCCGCCGGCAACAGCACCGGGGACUGGCGGCGGCUCAUCCGCAGCUCCUAUAACAUCCGGCGCCUCGCACGUAUCCACUGGGUUAGUUUCCGUGAUGGUGGCAACGGCCGCAGCGCUCUGGGCCUGAUCCUUCAAUGACACUUUGUAUUGUCUCUUUCUGUUCGUGGCCCCCGGAGGUCACGAAAACUCUCCUACUGU